AUGAAUGACAUUUCGGGAAAAUUAAGUCAAGAUCGAGAUCUUGAACUUGAGGCAAAAUUAAAAGCUUUAACGACAGGGAAAACAAAUUCGUUUGAUUUUGAAGGUGAGACAAAAAUGUCAAAAAUAAAGAAGAAAGUUGAAGAGGAGGCAAAAUAUGAAAGUUCUGUGACUGAAAUUUCUCAGCAUUAUAAAGCUGUUUUGGGUGCUCUUGGUGAAGAUACAGAAAGGCAAGGGUUACAAAAGACACCAGAGCGAGCUGCCAAAGCUAUGAUGUUCUUUACAAAAGGAUAUAGAGAAAGUAUUGCAGAUGUGCUGAAUGAUGCCAUAUUUGAUGAAGACCAUGAUGAGAUGGUUAUAGUUAAAGAUAUAGAAAUGUUCUCAUUAUGUGAACAUCAUUUGGUGCCUUUUAUAGGAAAAGUUUCCAUAGGCUAUUUACCAAACAAAAGAGUUUUAGGCCUUAGUAAAUUAGCUAGAAUUGUAGAAAUAUUUAGUAGAAGAUUACAAGUACAAGAACGUUUAACAAAACAAAUUGCUGUAGCAAUAACAGAAGCCAUACAGCCAGCAGGUGUUGGUGUUGUAGUUGAGGCUACACAUAUGUGUAUGGUAAUGAGAGGGGUACAGAAGUUAAACAGCCGGACUGUUACAAGUACAAUGCUUGGCGUGUUCCGAGAGGAUCCCAAGACACGUGAAGAGUUCCUGACGUUAAUACGCAAUAACUGACUAACAUAUUCUCAUAAUACUGUUGCCAUGGAAAUGAGCAACAUACAAGACACCAUUCCAGUGAAUUGCAAUUGUUCUUUAAGACCAAUAGGUUGUUUUAUUUGUUGAUUUCAUAUUGUUUUUUAAGUUUUUACUAUUUUUAUAUCUUAUACAUUCAGGUAAUAAAAACUGCAUUUAAGGUUUGACCAAAGGUCAUACUUGAUAUCAUUCCUUCUACCCAUUGUAUUUACUUACAAGUCUGAUCUCUUUUAAGACGGGGACCCAAUUUUAUAUGAAGAUAAGCAUUUUUUUGCUUUUGCUCUCUUAUAGGGCGGGUGAAAUAUUCCCAUUUGAUUUUAAAAACUAUAUCAAAAUUCUGCUUAAUUUCCAUGUUUACUUGUACUUACAAAAAAGUUCAUAUUCAUAAAGCUAUUAUUAUAUUAUCUAUUAUUUUAAAUGUAGGUCUCUAUGUGGGCUUGUCCAAAUGAUUUUUUUGAAAUUGGGAUAAAAAUUUGAAGAAGUUUAGUCAGCCAAAAUGUUUUUGUACAGAUAGAUUUUUAUGGUUUUAGCCAACAUUUUAUUUGAUCUAUGAAUAAUGCAUUCCAGAUUUCUAAUUUUUUGUUUUGUUUUUGAUAUUUAUUUUCCAAGGAAAAAAUGGGGUUACAAAAACUGGCUGUAAUUGUGAGCAUUUGAUAAAAUUUAUUGUGUAUAAAAUAUAUGACAAUGUGUAGUGAUGCAGGGAUUUCUCUCCCCAGUGUUUGUUGUUUUCAUCUUAUUUAUGAUGACAGUUUGACAGAUAGUAAUCAUUCAGAAACUGUUUGUAUAUCAUUCAUUUGAACUUAUCAAAUCUUACCAUACAUUAUCUCACAAAUCAUUAAAGAAAGGACGGGAAUAUUCAUAUCUUAAACUAUAAUUAAUUACUUUAGAGUAAGCAUAUAUGCACUUUGUCAAUGCUCAUUUUAGAAGUGUUCUAGAAACAGAUUGUUGUUUUGAACACGACUAUGUCAAAUUAGUAUAACUGGCCUGUCCCACAGAGACUCAACCAGUGUUGGGAUAGUAUAAAAUGUAAUUCUAGAAAACAAAAUAUAUAUAUAUUCUAGAAUUACUUUUUAAACUAUCCCAACACUAUGUUGAGUCCCUGUGGUCUAUCCAUGUUUAAGUGCAGACCAAGAUUAGCCGGUAUAUCUGUGUCAUUUGAUCAUGGUCUGCACUGUUUAUUUUUCUGUCAAUAUUUAUCAUGAAAAUUUCCCUAAAAAAUGAUGACUUGCUUUGUCCAGAAUGAAGAGGGGACAAGUCCCUUUAAGAUACAUUGUAUCUGAAAACUAGACAAGUCCCUUUAAGAUACAAUAUUUUUGGCAUGGAAAGGGUAAAUUAUUAUUAUCACUUUCAAUAAUUUUACAAGUAAGAUUUAACUAUAUUACUGAUUCUUUUUUUCUUAUAAUAUUCUUCAGGGUAUUUUAAUUUGCAGGCAAAUUUUAUAUUUACGGUUGUGUGUAUGAUAAAAAUAAUCAAAUAUCUGCCUAUUUGCAUUUAUAUUUUAUAUCACCAGUAUGUACUGCAUUUUGUUAUUGCACAGAUAUUUUAAAGCUUACAUUUUGUACAAGAAUUUUUAAGUUUUCAAUUCAUUAUAUUUAAUGAGUUGAUGUCAAUUCUAACAUGAGAUUUGCUUGUUUUACUUACAUUUACAUAUAAUUAUACAUUUAAAUUAGGUGCCUCAUCAAUGCUUAGAUGUUUGAACAUGUAUAUAUAUGCAAGUAUACGUGCGUUUGAGCUGCCAGAUGUUUUGAAUUGUCUUAAAUAAAUCAUGGAAAUUUUUAUAUAAAUUAGUACAUCUGCCUACAUUUUAUAUAGUACAGAAUGACGUAUAUCUUAUGUAAGAAUUCAGUUAUUGUUUUCUAAAGUUUGGUCUACAUAGUUGGGGUUGACCCUAUAUUUCAUAUAUAUUUUGCUCUCAGCAGUUGUUAUUAAAGUCAUGAAUUUCAGAUUCACAAUCAAUAAUGAUAUUGUUAUUUUUAAGAAUCAAAUUCUGCCAAUAAUACUAGUCAUAAAGUGGUGUUACAUUUUAGUAGAUCUUAGUAACAACUUGUUAACAUAUUUAUUGUUAAAAUGAUAUUUUAGAAUAGUAAAGAAUAUUUAAUAAUAUAUUUUGUACAAGUUCAAUAAGAGAAUUACAUGUAGUUACAUUUUUCUUCUAUUUUUCAUGUCAGUUAUCAUUUGUAAACAUUGUGAGGACGGGGUAUUUUCCUGUAUAAAAAUGCCUACAUUUUGCCUCUAUGUAGCAAGUUUCUGUAACAGAAAAUAUUUUCAUUUUUUUAAUCAUUUAAGACAAGGUUUUCACCAAUGGAUAAGAUACAGCGAAAAUAAUAAAUAUUACUUCCGUAAAUAAUAUACCCAAUUUGUAACGUUGCUUUUCAUUGGAUAUUUGUGGCAUUUACAGAUUUUCAUCAGAUAAGUGUGACAUUAAUAUAAACAAUAUACAUGACUGCUGAUGUAAUUUCAUUCUUUCUCAAAUAAAGGAAGUUUGCUGCAUUAAUUUAAAAGAUUCAUUAUAGAUAUUAUAAAUUCACUAUAAAUAUUCCUGACAGGUUAUAUGGCAGUAUAUGAACGGUUGUUUGCAAUAUAACCCUUCACUAUGCAUUUGGGUUAUAUUUCCAAACAACAAUUUAUAUAUAGCCAUAUAACCUGUCAGGAAUCUUUAUAAAUAGUGAUAUAACCUUAAUUUAAAUCAGAGCUCAAUUUGGAUUGGAAGAAAGUCUGCCAUGUUGUCUGUUGCUUUUCAUUUGCUUUUAUAUUUCAAAGUAAAAAAAAGUCAAUGUUUAUUUGCUUUUCAAUAUUGGUGCGGAAGCUCUCAAAAAUUUGAGGCUUUGGUUUUGUUUCGCAAAGAGAGAUAUAAAUGUAUUUAAAACUUACAUAGUCAGUAGACCUGAAAUAACUAGGAACACAUGGGUUUUCUGUCUCAAAUUGAGAUAUAAAUGCAUUUAAUGCUGACAUUUGUAAUUAACAGACAUAUACAUUUUAUUCUGAUUAAUUUCUUGAUAAAUAUCAACUUGAAUCAGGCUGAUAUUUCACUCCUCUUUUUCUUGUAUUCAUAUCAAUUUUACCCAUGAUGCUUUCAGUAAUUAUAUUUUUGCCAUCUGUAUGUGUGUAGUUGCAUGAUCAGUUCAUUAAUUAAUAUUAUAAUAAUUGAUAUAUUUAAAAAGUCCUAAUGAACUAAUUACCAGUUACAAGGAUGUUUUAUUGGGGAUGUUAACAUUUUCUUUCUGUCCAUGUAGAUCAGGGUAAAUAUAUAUACACAUGUCCCUGUAUAUAUUUAGAUAGUAAACUUUAUUUUGUAUUUGAACUAUUAUUAUACAUCAAGAUUGUGCAAUUAGUAGAAAAUAGUUAAGAGAUUAGUGUCAUUACAAUUAAGUUGCAUCAAUUAUAUGGAUUUAACUCACUAUAGUGUUGGAGCAAAUUACCUGCACACACAGAAAUCGUGCUCACAAAUUUCAUUCUCUGUGACUUUCUUUACUGAUUUUUACAUUAUUCAUUAAUUAUCAUAUAUAAAUCGGUGUGAACAGUUUUAAGCAUUUAAGAGUACAUUUUGGUUGGUGGAAAGGCAAAUAUUUUAGCAUUUAAUAAUUCAAGCACCUUGUCUGGUAUAUACCGGAAUAGGAUAUUUAGUGUGGUGCUCCAACACUUUUUUAAGCCUCACUCCUAUUAUAUUGCUUUAAAGAUUAUAAUUAAGUUGCUAUAUUGGUUUUGAGAUACAAUUUAAGUUGCAUUUACUAUUUUGGUUUAGAGAGUUAAGUAAAAUUAAGAAAUAUAAGAGAGAAACAAAUUGCAUUUACUACCACUGCUUAUGGUUUAGAGAUUAUGACAAAUCAAAAUGAGUUGUUUUGUUUUGGAGAUUAUUUUUAUUGCAAGAGUACGGUAGAUUCUGUUUGUUAUGUUUUUAGUGAUUUGCUUGUGUUAUUUUACAUCCUAUCAUGUGUAUGAAUAGAAGUUUUACUUUUUCAGAUUCUAUAUCAAUCAAUUCAUGUAACAAAGAAAACUCUGAUCAUGAAAUUUCAGUUUCAAAACUUGAAAGACAGGGUUAUGCAUACAGUUCCCAUUAUUUAAAGCUUAAUCAUUUACCAUGACAUGAAAAAACUUACAUGUAGAUAACUUCUGCAGCAAAACAAGUAUGUCUUAGAAAAAUAUACCAAGCAUAUCAAAAUUACAGAACACAUUGUCCAUUUGGCUGCAAAAACAUGACAUUGGUACUAAAUUUGGCCAUGGUGUAAGCUUAUAGUCCACUGUUAUUUCAAUUGGUCAGAUUUAAAUUUUGUUAAUUCCACAUAUUUACUAAAAUAUAUACCAUGACAUUUUAAAGUGUUGAUUUAAUUUUAAACAAAUUUGCAGAUAUAUAGAUCUUUAAAAUAAACCUGCCUGUGAUAUCAUUACUUCUUAUUAUGCUUGUUAGAUAUCUUUCACAAAAUAUUAAUGACACAAUAUUUAUAAAUGUUGAAGUUUUAUGCCAAACAUUUUAUCUGUGGUGUGUAUAUUAUGUAAGUUAAACUGGAAAAAAAAACAUUGUAAUAAAAGCUUUGGAGACAAA